GUUUGGUUGACGGUCAGAGUUCCUCGGUCCAGGGUAAAGUUGAAGACGAUAUAAAUUACAUCUAAAUUGGAAGUUUCAGACACCAUCAUAACACGAUGCAAAGACUGCUGCAACUUUUAGGAAUCAUUGGAAUUGCUUUUGUGCAAGUACAAUCCUCGGCAGAAUUCAAUUGCUUAAGGACGAGUGACACUUGUGCAGCUGACACAUGCGAUAGCAACGGAGACUGUGCGUGUGUAUCUCCUAAUGGCAACUAUGACUGUGGAACAGAUACUACAUCCGUUGGCAGUGGUUGUGGUUGUGAAAACACCGGGUCUAUAUGCCUACCAGAUGAUACCACAUGUGUUUGCUCAGAGAAAUUCUACGGACCCAAAUGCCAGUACAAAACAUUGGAUGUGAGUUGUUCAAAUGCUGGGUACCACAUUCUGAACGUCAACGUACCCGGUACCCCAACGUGUUAUGUGAAGGGCUUUGAGAGCACCUGCAGCUUUACCACAACUACACCCACCGGAACACCGGGGGGCUGGACGGGAAACUAUGUGGAAGCAUCCCUUACAGACCCUGCAAACUGUGGACCACCGACAGCAACUACGGACGUCGAUGGAGUAUCCACUAAGUGCUUUACAGUGAUUUGCCGGUAUGAAGCCUUGUAUCUCACAGGGCUCGAUUUUGAGGCCACCUUCUGCUGCGGUGAUGCACAGAAGACGGUUACCACCGAAGCCUUGUCCUUGUCAGAAAAUGGACUGACUCCAACAAACGUUGAUGCAGACCCUCCAGGGGAUGUUGUGACGGUUGUGAUGAAGGACGGUUCUGACGCCCUAAUAAUCAGUGGGUCUGCAGUUGAUAUCGGUUCGACGGUUAAGCUGGAAUUCACACUUGAUUCUGAAUCUGAUUUUGCUGCAAUACGCGUCCUCUCGUGCAAAGCCAAAGAUACCUUUACCAAUGAAGUUGAAUUUAUUACGAACAGUUGUCCCGCAAAGACAUUUGUUAAAGGCACCACGCGUACAGAUGGCAGUCCAGUAACGAUUGAAACAACAGCUAUCAAGUUCACAUCAGGUGUCACCGUCACUUACGAGUGUACAGUUCUUGUCUGCAGACAAAUGACCGAAUGCGCAGCGGUAACGUGUACUGAUGGAACUGACGGUUUCGGGCGUAAGAAGAGAGAAAUAGUUCCCUCGUCUAACUCCACUGAACAAAAAACGCUUGUCACAUUUAUCAGAGUCAACGACCCAUUUGCAGCAUCCGAAGUAAAGAGUGCUGUUCAAGACGCUGUUGCGCGGACUGGUACAAUCAACCUAACAGCCGCAGUGAUUGGCCUGGCUGUCGUUGUCCUCGUCCUCCUUGGAGCCUGUCUUGUCCUUGGCGUUUGUCUCAUCAACAGGCGGGCACCUGUUACAGACACCAAAGGAUAAAAUGUUGGCCUGUGUUUCUCUUGCCAGUUACAAAUAAAAAAUGAUUAAUCACCAUGAUGUCCUAAUGUUGUAGGAUAACUAUUAUUGCAGUUCUUAUAUUUUCAUUUUCGCUUUUGCGUAAAUUGCUAAAAUGACCCCGAGCUAAGGACAUUAUUUUAAAGCUGAACUUUUUCAUAUAUUUUAAUCAUUCGUUCGCUUACUAAGCAUAUGCGAUUAACAUCUAUAUCAUUUAUCUUUGUUACGUAAUGUAAGUUACUCUCUUGUGGCUAGCGUUUUGGUUCUGUGGAUGUACAUGGAAUGUAUAUCAGCCGAAGAAUUUAAUAAAUGUAUGAAAAUGUAA